AUGGGGCCAAGGCUGGGGGCAACCCUGCACCACACCGCUUGUCAUACACUCACAAACAACAUCAUAUAUGAUUUAUGUGACAUGUGGCAGGAAGUUAAUGUUACAAUCCCUGUGUCAGAUGACCCAGCCUCCCCUGAUGAGGUCACCGCUAAGUGCACAGUAUCCCACACUGAGGACAAAGCCACGUUCCACACUAUUUUCAAGAAAGGGGAUCGGAGAGACGCGAGGAAUGACAGAGGCAUCGGCGUGGUCAAUACUGGCAGAAUUACUCCACCUGGCGCUGUGUUCCUGGCUGGCGAUGUGGUUCACUCCGCACUCCACUCACUGUCAUAUCAUGUGGACGCGCAUCGCCUAUCUCUGACUCACCAGAAUGUGGCAGGACAUCGAGACUCUACUGAUGACGGAGGGCAGCCCUGUGGUGGGGCCUCUAGGGGCGCCUCCCCCACCCAACCUUCCAGUACCCCCCACACACCUUUUCCCCCACCCCCGCACCCCCUCCUCUCCUCCCCCGCCCUUAGAAUACAUGAGGAUAAGGGAAAAGUAAAGGUGUCUCCAGGGGCGUCCUCCCUGCCAACACCCUGCCCCCAGCCCCCGCCUCUCAGCAACCCCUCCACCCCCCAGCCUCCCCCUCUGCAGUCCCCGACCCUCCCCCAGCACCCUCCGCCCCCCCACACGCCCUUCGUGGGGGGAUACGAAGGGAAGGAGAGGGGGGUGCAAACUGCAGCUAACUCCCCAACACAGACUCAAACAGGGCAGCCCGCACCGCCCCCCACGGCUACUGUCCCACCUCCCCCGCCCACCCCUGAUCUCCCCAGGCACCAUGACAGCCCCCAGGUCGUGCCCACCAGCCCCUCACUGCCCUCCCCAUUGGGCGUUACGGGGGUGGGGUAUCCCUUCAUACCCCCCACCCCCAGUAUUUAG